AUGACUAAAGUUUCCAGCCAGGAAGUCGUGAAAAGGGCCAUGGAGCGUCGAUCAAGAUCCCCCGAAUCUCGCACACAGUUAGACAGAUCGGAGUGGGACUCGGAAAGCGGCACAGGCACAGAGCAUUGGACUCCUGAUCAUUCCGAUUCUUCAAAUGGUGAUAACAAGAAUGAGUUGGCCGUUGAUUUGCUGGCUGAAGAAAACACCGAAUCAAUCGAGAACUGUACGCAAGAGUCGCAGAUCAACGCUCAUACUUCGCAAGCAACAAGUACGCCUUCCACCAGCGACCCCAAGACGACAGACAAGAGGUGGAGAGCGCUCAUGUACCUUAAUGUGGAACAAUUCCUGAAGCUAGACAUUAUCCACAAAAUAAUCGAGAACCUAGACGACCGUGACCUGGUCGACGUCAUGGAGCAAGCUCUGAACGUCGAAGAUCUCGAUUUCACUAUGCAGAGACGGGUCCAGUACGAGGUCCUUUGCACGUCGCAGAAGCAGCGCAUCUAUUAUCUCAACCACUACCUGCGCGAUGAGGGUGCCGAGACCCGCGAGAUCAAGACACACACAAAACUCACGCUGCACAAUGAACUUUAUCAGUUCUGUGUCAAAAACCCGGAAAAGAAGAGAGGAAUGCUCCUCGACCAACUGCGUCAGAUAUCAACGCUGAAGGUAUUUAAUGCGCUUGCUCGGCAGAUCUGGGGUCUCUCCGCAGAGGAGAGGGACAAGCUGGGAGAUGAUGCGAUUCGAUACCAUGAGCGGCGACGUGAAGUCGAUCCAAAGUACUGGCUUCCUUGGGAGUGGCUGUGA